AUGCUAGAGGUGUCCGGUAUUAUCGAGCGCCCUUGGUCGCAGAUAGAAAGGUUCAAAGGAUUCCGAGACUACUUCAACGACUACCAAGACCAGGAAGAAAGGGGCAAUCGUAUCAAGAAAAAUGCUCUCAAGCGGAAUGACGACGAUGAUGAACUUCGAGAGUUUCACGACUCCACACGGAGACUCCGGGACGCCGUUUUAUCAAGGACAAAUGUCCUGGUAUGUACGCCUUUUGCCGCAGGAACCCCUGCUGUCCGCGAGAAUGUUCACCCCGAUGUUGUCGCAGUUGAUGAGGCGGCUCGUCUCGCUGAACCGGAGCUCUGGCCCGUCCUAGCGUAUCACGACCCUAGAGUGCUGCUUCUCGUGGGAGAUCAUAGACAGCUGAAACCACUUAUCUUUAGCAAGCCACCAGAAGCGCCCUUCAGUCUCCCGCUAGAGCUAUCACUAUUCUCGCGGCUAGUUUUCAAUGGGCACAAAACCGUUGUCUUCCUGGAGCAGCACAGAAUGAGCUCGGAAAUAUGCGAAUUGCUGUCUGUUAUUUUCUACGACGGGAAGUUACGCACUGCAGCUAUAUUGGACGCUGUGGUCGGGGAGAUGAAUGCCCGCGUUGUAACUCAUAAUGGCUGCAACACCACUUUCCGUAAGGAAUCGCCGUUGAUAUUCGUCAAUGUAUUGGGUAGCAAAGAGGAGAAGGAGGCCGGCUCGCGCUCUCUUUUCAAUCAUCCCAAUUGCGCAACUGUUUAUGCCCUGGUCCGAAGUCUCAUGGAGCAUCAGGUUGCCGCGAAACACAUAACGAUUAUCACACCAUAUCGCGCGCAGACCUAUCAGUACAGCAACCUUUUCCAGGACUUCCCCGAUCCCAGCGAAGUCAGAGUCCACACCAUCGAUAGCUAUCAGGGAUGUGAGUCGGGUGUGGUCAUAUUCGACACAACGGUGGCUACUUCGACGCGCUUGGGGUUCCUGGCUGAUGCGAAUCGUCUCUGUGUCGCUCUCCGUCGGCCACGCUCUGGGAUGUUCCUAGUCGGGGAUUGGCAUAAAAUCCAGGGCCCUCCACAUUGGGAAGACUUCCGGAACGACGGACUUGUGUAUUCCUGGCGUGCGUCAAGCGCUCAGGGACAUCGACUUGAAUACCUUAGACAUUGCUGGAAGUGGGUGCCUGAGGCCACCGGCGGCCUUGGGGCUCUGGUGGAGGAAGGUUCUUCCGGCCCAAAUGGCCACCUGUAA